CUAGUCAAGCGUUCCUGGGACGGUUUUUCCCACUACACCGGUGAAAUCCUACUAUUGGCGCGGUGGUCUGUGCAACACCUGACGGAACAAAAAUACAGUCAUUCUUCUGCUACCGGCCUCAAACAGACAACAGUCAUGGCACAAAGAAUGGACAAGAUGAUGAACGAGUUGAGAGAAGCAUUCCUUAUCCAGGAUAAAGAUGAUGAUCACAAGAUCAACAUUAUCGAGUUAGGCAGUGUCAUGCGCAGUAUAGGGCUAUGUCCUACGCAGGCGCAACUCUCCUCGAUAGCACAAGAGUAUGGUGCUAGUGCAACUGGUAAAGGAGGCAAAUUAUUUGACCUUGAUGAGUGCAAGAGGAUCGUCCAGAAAAACGCAGGAUUGACAGAGACAGCAGAAUCCGUACGGGACUGUUUCCGGAUAUUUGACAAAGAUGGAAACGGCUACAAUAGUGCGUCCGAGCUUCGUCACGUGCUCACGACCCUGGGAGAGCCCCUGAAAGAUGAAGAAGUGGACGAACUUAUCAGAGAAAUCGAGCUGACAGUUGAUGGACAGUUUAGUUAUGAAGAUGUUGUAGGACUUCUCAUGCAGUCGUCAUAGGAUUUUUUACAACCAAAGGAGGAACGAAAGAUGUAUUUUAUUUAUGAAUGGGACGUAUAACAGGGGAAGGGGGUGUACAAGCGAUGUAUUUUUUAAAAAACUGAACUCGUAGGUAAAUCCAACACAAAAAGGUGUUCAGAAUGGGCGUUUGUUUGAAAACAGGUGAUAACUGCAGGUGCAUUUUCAGAAAAUAAUGAUAAUAUGGUUAACAUAUGUCAUCAUCCAGAUGCCAGGCAGCUUGUUGAGAUUCCAAACACAAAUUUGUAACAAAUAUUCUAUAGAUGAAAUGAAAUUUUCGUUUUAUUUUACUUCGCUUUCGAUUCGAAUUUUGUAUGACGCUUAAUAUUUUUGGGUAAAAAUUGAACACUUCCGUUAUGAGGGUUGUGCUAUGAUAUAAAAUUCAUUAUUUGAAUUGAAUUCUAACCUUAAUAUUGUAAUUGUUUAUCAUAAAAUCUAAUAAUGGCAAACAAUGUUUGACAAUACUUGGCAGUUCAACCCUUUUAUGACACAAAUAAAAAUCCAUUUUUAUUGCCGCAAAUACCAAAAAUUACGUGUGUAGAGUUUUUUUUAGAUGAGUGAAUCUAUCGACGACUGUUUUACAGAAUGAUAGAACUUACUUCUGUUUGUUCAUAAGUAGCGAAAGAUCUGAGCACAACACAUGUACAUGUAUAUGUAUUUAGAUAUAUACAUUCCAUUUUGUUCAUAUCCAUCCAUAGGAUAACUUUGUUUAUAUGUUAAGCGUUGAUUCAUUAAAACUUGUAUACAAUUAUA